AGUUCGAGAACUUUAGAAGGCUGGAGUCUGUUCAGUCAAUGGCCACGAUAUAGGACCCUUCUGGCCUCCGAAGCCUUUACCCACCCCUGUUGAGUGUGUCUCGUGGCUCACAGGCAGUGCUCCUCUGAACAGUAGGGAACUUCCCGGACCAAUCGCAUGGAACCAUCGCGCCCUAAGAGACGGGACACCAAGAACGUGGGGCAGAGUGGAGGGAAAAGAGACUGUGCGAGUUCGGGAUGUAAGCAGGUGAGCCUCCGAACGACCUUGCCUUAGGCCCCCCUUGGACUGCGGGACCAAGUGAAUCUGGAGGAGGAGCGUGAGUGCCGCCCAGCAGCUCCUGCAGCCUCGGGGGGCGCGUCCCGGAUCCGCUGGGCGCUGGGUUCGCCCCCGUCCCGCCGCCCCUCCUCACUGAGCAGGGUAGCGAGUUAAACUCCGGACGCCAGAGCUCUUCCCGGAAGCCUCCGCGCGGCGCGACCCGGGUUCGGAGACCAGCAGGGGGCUGGCAGCCCGACCCCAGGCAUCCCCCGUUGAGUGGGUCCCGGGCCCCGGCUAUCCCCAGCGGCGGGAGCGCGAGGCAGCUUCGCCUCGCUCUCGGCCACAAGUUUGCGCCGUGUGGGCCAAGUUGUUGAUUAAGGAGCUUCUGUCCGGCUACGGGGAAGAGAGGCCCUGCUUCUGGCUUCGUCUGUUACCGGCAUGGCUUGGCCGGGGACGUCGCCCCAUGUCUGGGGGUGGGUGAUGCUCGGCAGCUGCCUCCUCGCCGGAGCCCAGUUGGAUGCUGAUGGCACCAUUACUAUAGAGGAGCAGAUUGUCCUCGUGCUGAAAGCUAAAGUCCAGUGUGAACUCAACAUCACAGCCCAGCUCCAGGAGGGAGAGGGAAAUUGUUUCCCAGAAUGGGAUGGACUCAUUUGUUGGCCCAGAGGAAUAGCGGGGAAAAUAUCGGCUGUCCCAUGCCCUCCUUAUAUUUAUGACUUCAAUCAUAAAGGAGUUGCUUUCCGACACUGUAACACCAAUGGCACAUGGGAUUUUGUGCACAAUUUAAAUAAAACAUGGGCCAAUUAUUCAGAAUGCCUUCGCUUUCUGCAGCCAGAUAUCAGCUUAGGAAAGCAAGAAUUCUUUGAACGCCUCUAUGUCAUGUAUACUGUUGGAUACUCCAUUUCCUUUGGUUCCCUGGCUGUGGCUAUUCUCAUCAUUGGUUACUUCAGGCGAUUGCAUUGUACCAGAAACUAUAUCCACAUGCACUUAUUUGUGUCUUUCAUGCUGAGAGCUGCAAGCAUCUUUGUCAAGGACAGAGUGGUCCAUGCUCACAUAGGAGUAAAGGAGCUGCAGUCCCUGCUCAUACAGGAUGACCUCCAAAAUUCCAUAGAUGCACCUUCUGUGGACAAAUCAAAAUAUAUUGGGUGCAAGAUCGCUGUUGUGAUGUUUAUUUACUUCUUGGCUACAAACUACUAUUGGAUUCUGGUGGAAGGUCUCUACCUGCAUAGCCUAAUCUUUGUUGCUUUCUUUUCGGACACCAAAUACCUGUGGGGCUUCACCUUGAUAGGCUGGGGAUUUCCAGCUGCAUUUGCUGUGGCCUGGGCUGUGGCACGAGCAACUCUGGCUGAUGCAAGAUGCUGGGAACUAAGUGCUGGAGACAUCAAGUGGAUUUAUCAAGCCCCAAUACUAGCAGCUAUCGGGCUGAAUUUUAUUCUCUUUCUGAAUAUGGUUAGAGUUCUGGCUACCAAAAUUUGGGAGACCAGUGCAGUUGGGCACGAUACGAGAAAGCAAUACAGGAAACUCGCCAAGUCCACGCUCGUGCUGGUCCUGGUCUUCGGAGUGCACUACAUCGUGUUGGUGUGCCUGCCCCACUCCUUCACCGGGCUGGGGUGGGAGAUCCGGAUGCACUGUGAGCUCUUCUUCAACUCCUUUCAGGGUUUCUUUGUGUCUAUCAUCUACUGCUACUGCAAUGGUGAGGUUCAAUCCGAGGUGAAGAAGAUGUGGAGUCGGUGGGAUCUCUCCAUGGACUGGAAAAGGACGCCCCCUUGUGGCAGCCGCAGGUACGGCUCAGUGCUCACCAGCGUGACGCACAGCACCAGCAGCCUGCCGCAGACGGCCGCCAGCACGCGCAUGGUGCUCCUGCCGGGCAGAGCGGCCAGGACAGUCAGCACACACCCCGACAGCCGCGUGACCUUACCCGGCUAUGUCCAUAGUAACUCGGAGCAGGACUGCCUGCCACAUGCGAUCCACGAGGAGGCCAAAGAAGACAACAGGCCGCAGAGAGAUGAUAUUCUCAUGGAGUCUUCCAGACCAUUGGAAUUUAACCCAGACCCUGAGGAGAGCAAAGGAGAAGAUGAAGAUGUUCUGUGACUCAGCUCACCAUCUAUGGCUUUCACAGCUAGUUGAUCUGGUUGUGUGAGAGAAGUUUGAUGGGCAUUUCUUUGAACUGAAAAUUCAGGCUUAAAGUGUUACUCAAAAAUUUUCAGUCUCCAUGAUUUAGCUCCUACAAAUACUAAAAACACAAAAGAGGAAGUGUCAGUGGAGAAGUUUAUCACCUUAUUUUGGCAUCAAAUUUUCUUCCAAACUUAUGUGUAGUGCUUACUCUGUGAUUGUUCUUUUAUUUUUGUUAUCUUUGAGUAGAAAAUGUUUCAGUUGAUUGGUUCUAGCUUCCUCUCACCCUAAAUAUGAGGGAUAAUUUAGUAUGUGUCAUUUUCCUUUUAGGGAAUUAGCACUUGCUCUCUAUUUCUCUUUCUCACUUUAAUGUACUUCUAUCACUGUGUUCAUUUUGCCCAUUCAAAGAGCCAUUAGGUCCUGAAAAAUAUAUGUUGAAAGAUCAAAGAUGUAGGAACAAGUACCCACUGGAAAACAAAAAGGAUGAACUUUGGUAAAAUCAUAAAUAUAAGACAAUUUAACCUUUUUCUUUGUAGGAACAAGGGAAAUUACUCAAAAAACAAUAUUGCACAUAUCCCUCCUUUUGAAUGUUCCCUCCAUGACAAGCCAAACUUCUGGUCUUCACUCCUUUUUUUGUAAACCUUGACAUGUUUACAUGUCUGCAAGUGGAUUUAUUUUGUGAUCAUUUGUAUUGAUAGUAAAUUGUUUUGUCUUUUUCUUCUUUGUUCUUUUACUAUAUUGCAAAUGGCAU